AUGCUCCGCCAAUCCAUCACCAAGCCUCUCACCAGCACUGUUAUCAGCCGCUCCUUCUCUGCUCUUGCCCCCAGAAUGGCUGCAGGUGAUACCGGUGCUCCCCGCGCUGGCGGUGUUCAGUCAAGCGACUCAUUCCAGAAGCGUGAAGCCGCCCAGGAAGGCCGAUACAUCCACGAGAAGGAAUUGGAGAAGUUCCAGAAGCUCAAAGCGAGCAUCAAGGCUCAGCGUGAACACCUUGACAAGCUCGACAAGCACAUCGACGAGAUCACCAAGGAGCAGGGCGGCGAGCAGAACUAG